UUUCAGAUUUCAUACACAGCAUUCUUCCUAUAGAAAACAUGCUUUAAUCAAAAAAUUUUCAGUAGUGCAUAAAUUUAAACUUUGACCUUUGGCCAUACAACAAUACAAAUUUGUUUAUUGUCCAAAAAAUUGAAAUACUUACAGCUCAUGACUGCCAGUGCAAUACAAAAUUAAACUAUCUUAAAUACUUUAGAUUAUAAUGUCAUAUCCCAGCUGAGUAGAGUGAGUACUUGUAUCAGUCCGUGUGUGCAUUCACCCUCCUCAUUCUACCGCUCCUUAAACAAAUAACAGUGCCUAAGUGAUGUCCUGCAGCAUGGAGCAAAUGGUUUGUGUCCUCCAAUAUAGCCUGAAACAUCUUUGCAAGCAUUUUGUGGUAGAGUGAGUCCAGCAUCUGCACACAUGAACCAAUUACUUUCCCCACCCUACCCAGCACCCUCUUAAUUCUGUCCUUAUCCCCCUUACUGAUAUUUCCUGCCCAGCCCAGUACACAAUAUCCCCAAAUAGAUAACGAUGAGUAAAAAUCAUUUAAAAUAUAUACAAUGCAGAUUAUUAGAUUAAAGUGUUAAUUAUGUGAGCAUGUAUUAUAUAAAUGAUUCUAUCUUAUUUUUUUACCCAUUUCUUUUUACUCUAUUAACUUUUAUUUAUCAUAGAUGGUUUGCAUUGGAAACCAAUUAUGACAGAUGGACAACACCGCCCCCUAGUGAUGACAGAAGAGAUCCAGCUAUUGAUGCCAUGAAUGCAGUUGGUAGGAAGAAUAUUAAUGAUAAGACCAUGUACGAAGUGUUAUCAGUACCACCAGUUCUUAAUUACAAGACAGUUUACACCACGUUGAUGUCGGCAGCAAGACCUGAUUUAUUUCAAACUUAUAUUCGUCAUAGUCCAUAAGAUGUCAUAACAGAAUUAUUGUCAUCAUUUCAUUUAGUGCCUGUCUAUUACCAAAAAAUAAUAAAAUAUGCUAAUAUAUGAAGUCUGUAUAAAUUUAUUUUUUAAUAAACAUAGAGAAUUUAUAUAAACGUACAUUAAUAUGAUAAAUUUUUAUUUUUGAAACUGUUUGAUACAAUUUUGUAGUAAAGUUACUGUAUUAUAAUUGUAUAAUGAAAUAAUUUUUUAAUAUGUUUUCAUUAAUAAUGUCAUUAAUGUGAUUGUUAAAAUAUGUUGGAUAAAUUAUUUUACUGUUAAAUCUUGUAAUUCUGUAUGUUAGAAGAAAUUUGUAAGACUCGCUAUAGCGCCCUCAAUCUUAUAUGAAGACGUUCGUUGGUGUGUGUCAAAAGUCAUUCAAUUGUUUACGGUUGUGUGUUUAUCUCUUAUAGUAAGAUAACAAUGGGACACAAAUUAAACUCUUCCGAUUUAUAAACUGAAUGUUGAGUUGUGCAGUAUAAUACAGUAUUAAUAUUGUAUUUGUAUAUAAGAGUACUAUGCUGUAAUUAUGCAAGAAAAAUUUAUCAUUGUGAUAAUUAUCACCCAUCUGUGCAAUGGGCGUUUCCGUAGUGUUAAUCAAACUUGUCAACUGACCAAUCAAAACAGAGUCAGCGGAAAGGUCCAUUACAAUUAUUUGAAUUAAUUUCAAUUGGUUUAAAUAUGAAACAAAAUAAUUCUUAUUUUUGGAGAUUAAAAAUUAUGAUGUAUAUUUACAAUUUGUA